CGUUCUCGAAUACGCCAAUCGCAGUUGGUGAUUAUGUGGAUAGGGUAAUAGUCAAUGUUUUGAGCUGUUUUUUUUUAUUCCUACUGUAUUUUUCUUCUCUCGUAUACAUAUAAAUAAGAGUAUAGUAAUAAAGUACUAUCGUUUAUAAAUAAUUAGAGAAAGAUUUACGUACGAGAAAAAUUUUAAAAAUAUGGGUAAACGAGUAAGAUCUAAUUUAUUUCGAUCUCGAAAUUUAUUGUUUUAAAAGUUAAAGUGUUUCGUUCAGUGGUUAGUUUGUUGUAUCGAGGUGUAAACGGUUCUCUCAGGCUGCCGGUGUUUGAUGUUGAUAUGAACGAAAUAUGGUCGUUACGCAGUUACAACUGAAGUGGCCUAAUCAUUCGACUCAUUUGCUGACCAGGUUAACGUAUUUAUUCAAAAAUGAACAACUGGUCGACUGUACGCUUAUGUGCAAUAAACAUUGCUUGAAAGUACAUCGUUCGGUUCUCGCAGCUUGUAGUCCGUAUUUCGAGCGAGAACUACAAAAUAAUCCAUCGAUCGUUGUGAAAGAUAUGCAAUUUAGCGUGUUGAAAGCUCUGAUCGAAUUUAUGUAUUACGGAGAAACGCGUAUAACCGAAGAGAAUCUAACUUCUUUGAUCGAGGCGGCUAAAAUAUUCGAGGUCAAAGGAUUAUCUGAAAUGGAUAUAGUAAGCGGUAAAAAUGGUAUCGUUUCUUCGGUCGUAGCAUUAGAAAAUGAUUGCAUCGUCGAAAGCUCCUGCCUAUCGGAUGAUACAGAUAAAGCUAACUUCGAAGCAGCUCAAAUCCUGCAACAAUCUCUGGCACACUCAACCGCAGCAACCAGCAGCAGCUCGAUGCUAGACAACAACGCCAUCUCGACCACCACCACCACCACCAACAACAACAACAGUACCUGCAACAGCAACGAUACUAACCCAUCGAUCACACACUGUUCCGAAUCCAACAACGUGGACGGAUCGUCGAUUUACGAAAACGCCAACGGAACCGAUUUCAUGGUCGAAAGUACCAGCAGUCCAGUGCUUCGUGACGAUCAACAUCAGCAUCAGCAGAGUUUGCAUUCGAGUCGUAAUUUCGUCGUAACUCCUCCUCAAACGGAAUCCGCUCAAAUACUGUUAUCGUUGGCUCGAUCCCAUACGCAGAAAAUGUUCACCAAUCACAGCACAGAUGACCACGACGAUGGAACUUUAACCAACGGUAACGGUAGCUGUGCUGUAGAUGAUGAAGAAGAAACGAGUAACGCUGAAAAUGCAUUUCUAAAUCACGAUCAAUAUUGCGGACAAGAUAACGUUAUAGCAUUCGAUCAUCAACAGCAACAACAGCAGCAACAGCAAUUGCAACAACGCAGUAUUAACAAUAGCGACGUAUUAUUCGUCGAGCACAAUUUAAUUCUAAACGAUACCUGUAACGGUUCCAGUUUGAUAUCGAUGGCUUCGACGGGUGAAAGCGAAUCUUCUUCGGUCGUUGAUGCGAGUUCGGCCGGUGGAAAGUCAUUAUUAGCUAAAUUAUUAACCAGAAACAAUCACGAAAUGGAUCAGGCAAGCCUUAAGACGUCGAACGGUGGUAGAAACGCGACGAACGCGAUAAUGGCGGCUGAUUUGCAACCGAGUAUUAUUCUAGAGUGUCCUUUUUUAAUCGAGACCACGGACGGAGCUUACGUGGAUGUUUGCAUGGAAAACAUGCUGAAUAGUUUGAAUGGCGGUGGCGGUGGUGGCGAAAUUCAAACAUCUCCGGCCACCGUGGCUGUUUCGGAGCAGCCUUUGUACGAAGCUACCAGCAUCGGUAUCGCAGAUCCGUCCAUAUUGGAACGUAUCAAACACGAGGCAGCGCCGGAGCUCGAAGAUGAUCCGGAAGCUGUUGUUUUGACCAAGAUAUCGGACGACGGACGCGUCGAAAAAUACGUUCUGUCGUCGGCCGAUGUACAAGCUUUGAAACAAAUGAACGAACGAUUGGCUGCUGCGAAGGCUGCAAGUAGACCGUGCUCGGCUGAUGUAGUGACCGAAUUCGAGUCGCUGGGAGCUGCUAACGAUACUCCUUUGAUAACGCGUGUCAUGGUGGAUGGAACUGGUGGCAUACAGAACGCUAUUAAUAGGUUACCUUUCAAGCGAACUGUGCUCGAUGCUCCUCUGGCCAGCUCAGGAGAUCCGGAAACGUCUGCGCAGACUGGAUGUAUACACGAUGCGAUCUUGGACGAUUCGUUGGCCGUCGCCGUCGACGAUACCCGUCAUCAUCACGAGAAUAUGUUCGAAGAGCUCGAUAACCAGUUCAACACGAUGGACUGCGCUAUCGACGACGAAGAGCAUAUCAGACGCGACUACGUAGCAUACGAAGAAGCGAGCAAAAACGAGACCCAGCUCGAGCAUAAUUACUACGCGAAUGCCAUGAAAGACGAAGACGAAGAAAGCGUCGCCAUCAGCGGCCAAUACGAUCUCAGAAUGAUGAUGAUGAUCGAAGAAACCCCACCACCAGCACAGUCCGAUAUCAUCAACCAAGAUACCACCACAACAACCGCAACUUCAACCUCAUCGACGAAACCGUGUUCGCUAACGAUGAAAAAACGAUACCAAAAUGUUCAGUUACUCGGCUCAUCGUCGUCGUCGGCGACCACCACCAGUAGCAAUUCGAUCGCCGAUAUUUGCCUGAACGGCAACACCCUCGUAGCAUUUAACCCCGGCAAAUCGACCCUAUCGACGGCUCCUUCGGCGACACUGCGAAUCAACGGAGGUGGCGUCGUUAGCAACAUUGCCUUAGCCGAUAAACCCAUCACCGUCGUUCCCUCAAACGGCUCCGGUGCUGGUAAAUGUGAUCUCAUCAUAAACGACGCUCUCAUGAGCUCAGUACUUAACGUUGUGCCGGUCACCACGGUGCCAACGACCGCGCCAGCGCCUACCCUAUUAGUUAAAAAUACCACUCCGGUCUCAUCAUCGUCGUCGUCGACGUCGACGUCAGCAACCAAACGAAAGGUGGCAGCUGAAAACCACGUGUUACCUUUCAAAAGCGUCAAAAGUGCCAAUACAUUUAGUAAAAAUUCCAAUUCGAAGAAAUCAGCUACUUCGACCGCCACCAAAAGAACCUAUAACAGGAGAAAGAAUACUUCCACGGAGCAGAACAACCAGAAACAGAAAAUAAUUACACCUUUGAACGGAGCGUUCUCCAAUGAAAAUAAUUUAAUCGAAGAAAUUAUCGUAGAUGAAAUAUCGUAAUCGAGUUUUCAACUACGUAUGUAUUACUGCUGCGUUUUCGUCGAAUACUAUUUAUUCCGUGUUGUGGUGGUGAGAUAUCAGUCUAUUUUUUACGUGUAUUAUUUCGUUGUCGAUGCGAUGCCACCAUCGUUCCCGCCCUCCUCAUCUGCCUUUCGCCCGGGGUUUUCGAGCGAAUGUAUGUGUACUCAGCGACGACGACAGCGAAGCUGCAGGGAACGUGAAUGAUCUCUCAAAAUAGUAUAUUAAUUCGCGAUUUUUUAAAAUUAUCUUCUCGAUUUUUUUUCUCCUCUUUUUUUUAGUGUAGUAUUUUUUUGUUGUCUCGUCGUCGUAGUAUUUGUAUAAUGUUUUUUUCUCUCUCUUGUUUUCGUUUUUGUAGUAGGAGUAUAGUUUGGGAGAAUUUGCCUGUUUAAAGAGGCGUUCAUUUUUAUACGCAUUUUGAAGGGUGAAUUUUAGGUUCUAGGUGCGUAGGAUCUUGAAAAUGGUAUUAAGGAAAGUCCGCGAGAGUGCUUGGAGAAUUUUUUAAAGAUUUUCUCGGGGGUUUUAUUUAAUCUUAUUUUCCUCAACUUGAAUUUUUGACUAUCUUAUAAUUUCUGUUUUAAAUGAAGAAUUUGAAAGAAUUGGGUAUCUCAAUUUUUUUCUACCAGUGAGGUUUUUUUGAACCGAAUUUUAGUAAGUUUUGUUGGAAAUUUAUUUUUAAAAUUUUUUUGAAGAGAUGCGAAAAAAUUGUUGAAACAUCCGAAAAAUGUUGAUUUUUUUUGUUUCAAUUACUGAAGAAAUCGUGUUUUUUUUCAAAAUUGCAGAAAACCCCACGUUUUUUCUCAAAAUUGUCUAGAAAUCUCUUUUUCAUCCAAAGUUGUCGAAAAAUGCAGAUUAUUGCAAAAAUUGCUGAAAAAUUCCUGCUUUAUUGCCUAAACAUUCAAAACUUUUGCCAGUCUAAGAAAUACUUUUUUUUUCAAAAUUAUCGAAUAAAAGUAAGUAACUGCUUUCUCAACAAAAAUGCUAAAAAUUCUGUUUUUGACUUGAAUUUAAAAAAAAACCUGCCGAAAUUGCCAAACGAAAUUGUGUGUUACCAAAAUAGCCGAAAAAAGCCUCAGGAUUUUAUCUAGAUUGUCAAACUGUCUCAAUUUCUCACCAAAUUGUCCAACAAAGUAUGUACCUAUGUAUUGUUUUUUUUCUGAAAUUACCCUGUUAAAAUCCUAUUUUUUGACUAAAAUAUUGUUAGAGACCAUUAGAUCUAUUUUAAGUCGAAAUUCCCUUUUAAGAAGUCCUGUUUUUUAGCCAAAAUUUCCGCUUUGUGUCGAAAUUGUCUAAAAGGACCCUCUUUUCUGCCUAAAAUACCUUAAAAAAUCCUGUUUUUUAGUAAAAAUUGUCGAAAAUAGUCGCAUGUUUUGACAGAUUUGUAAAAAAAGUCAUCAUUUUUGCCAAUAUUGUCAAAAAGUCCCAUAUUUUUGCCAAAAUCUUAGCAAACAUCUAAGUUUUGUCAAAAAAGAUACAUUUUUUUCAAUUACUGCAAAAAUUGUGAAAAAAUGUCAACUUUCAACAAAAUUGUCGAAAAGUCCUUUUUUAAAAAUCAAAAUUGUUGAAAAAGUUAUGAUUUUCAUCAAAAAAGUCCUUUUUUCUAAAUUGUCUAGAACUCCUAAUUUUUGCCAAAAUAGUCAAAAAAAAAUCUCACUUUCCUAUUUUUUGUCAAAAAAAUCCUGUUUUUUUUUUGUGAAAAUUGAAAAAAGUCAUGAUUUUCAUCAAAAAAGUCCUUUUUUUCAAAAUUGUCUAAAACUCCUAAUUGCUGCCAAAGUUGUCAAAAAGUUGAAAUUUUUUGACAAAAUGGUCAAAAAAUCCCACUUUUUGUUAAAAUUGAGAAAAAGUCCUAUUUUUUGUCGAAAAAUCCUGUUUUUUGUCAAAAUUUUCAAGAAUUUCUAAUUAAGUUACUUCCAAAAUUGUGACUGAACUGAAAAAAAUUCCAAUUUUUAUUAAAAUUGUCAAAAAUUCCUUUUUUUAAAAAUCAAAAAUUUCAAAAGUCCUUUUUUCAAAAUUGUCUUAAACUCCUAGUUGCUGCCAAAAUCGUCAAAAAAUUGAAUUUUUUGUCGAAAUAGUCAAAAAAAUUUCCACUUUUUGUCAACAUUGAGGAAAAAAAUCCAGUUUUUUGGUAAAAAUUUUCAAGGAUUUCUAAUUAAGUAUUUCCAAAAUUGUGACUAAACUGAAAAAAUUUCCAAUUCUUGUUAAAAUUGUGAAAAAGUCCUUUUUUUAAAAAUCAAAAUUAUUGAAAAAGUUAUGACUUUCAUCAAAAAAGUCCUUUUUUCAAAAUUGUCUAGCUGCCAAAAUUGUCAAAAAGUUGAGAUUUUUGACAAAAGAAAAAGUCCUAUUUUUUGUUGAAAAAUCCUGUUUUUUGGUCAAAAUUUUCAAGAAUUUCUAAUUAUUGCAAAAACUGUGACUGAACUGAAAAAAUUUCCAACUCUUGUCAAAAUUGUGAAAAAGUCCUUUUUUGAAAUCAAAAUUGCGUCAAAAAAGUCCCUAUUUUCCAAAAUUGUCUGAAUCUCCCAAUUGCUGCCGAGAUUCUGAACAAAAUAUAAUUUCAGCCAAACGUUCAAAAAGUCCCACUUUUGUGAAAAAGACAAAAAAGUCCUAAUUUUUGUAGAAAAAAUCCUGUUUUUGUCAGAAUUUUCAAAAAUUUCUGAUUGUUUCCAAAAUUGUAAGUGAAUAGAAAAAAUAUCUAAAAUAUUGUUAAAAUUGUCAAAAAAUCCCACAAUUUUGAAAAAAUUUUUGUCACAAUUUUCCCAACGAAAAAAAAGUAGGACUGACUUUUUAUCAAAAUUGCUAGAAAAUUCUGACUUUUGUCGAAUUAGUCCUUUUUUUGCCAAAAUUAUUAAUAAGACCUAAAAUUGCUGCCAAAACUGUAAAAAAUUGAACUUUUUGCCAAAAUGGUCAAAAGUUUCACUAUUUGUGAAAAAUUAUUCAAAAUAUCCAAUUUCUGUCAAAAAAAGUCCUGUGUGUCGAACUGUCGAAUAAUAAAAGUCGUGUUUUUUGUCAAAAUUGUCAACAAGUUUUUCAAAAAAUCUCAACAUUUAUCAAAAGUCUUAUUUUUUACCUAAAUUUUAAAAAGACUCCUUUUUUGGUCUGAACUUCCAUAAAAAGACCUGUUUUUUGUCUACUCCAAAAAAAAGUCCUGUUUUUGGCCAAAAUUGUCAGUUUUGGUUUUGCCCUCCUUUUUUCAACCAAAUUUUGUGAUUUUUCAUUUUCCUAUUUUUGAUUUUUCUAGUUCUCUUUGGAAGUGGAAACAUUUUCACUGGGAAAAAUGCUGUCUAGAAUAAGCUUCCCUCUUCAUCAAAUUGACCCCCCGCCCCUUCCCAGCCUUUUUGAUAUUCAAAAAGUUUGGAAAAUUGGGAAAAUUGGUGGAAAACCAGAAUUAAUCAGAGCAAAAAUUUUUUCAAAAAAUUGGACACUUUGAAAGUUUAUUUUUGAAAUUGCAGUUGAUAUAUUUUCGAUUUUUUUUUAAAGUUUGAUGUUUGUUCUGGUUUUGGUUUUUAUUGCAAAUGAAUCAAUUUGUAUCAUUUUUUUUUUUUUUUUGGUUUUUGGUUUUAAUUUAUAUUCAAAAGUUGCCUCAGAAUCCGGAAAUAAUUUUAUAGAGGUCAAAUUUUCAGCUUCGAGUUGGAAAUUUUCUGUGUUAAAGUUGAGUGUUUGGGUUUUACUUUUAGGUUUCAAUUUUCAAUUUAGUUUUGUCAGAUUCUUCAGUUCUAGGUUUCGAUUUAAUUUAGAUAUUUUAGGGUUUCAACUCUGAAAAAAAGUUGUAAUUUUAAAAGAGAUUUUUUAUUUUUUCUUUCAAGUUUUGAAAUUGAAAAUUGAUCCAAAAUUACUCGUACUUACACUUGUCAUUUUGGUUAUUUUUCGUUUUCUCUCUCUCUCUCUCUCUCUCUCUCUUUUUUUUAAAAAAAUAAUUAAUUGAAGGUUAGGUAACUAGAUACCUACUUGAAGAAGGAAAUAUGAGUCAUCACAAAAUACAUCACAAGCAAUAUGCCACUUAACAAAAAUUGUAUCAUUUUGAAUAUUUGAGUCGAAAUAAUACAAAAAAAUUAAUUCAUCUCCCUCCAAAGAUAGACCAAAGGGUUAUUAAUCCUCCCAAACUAAUAGCUAAGUACUGAAGAUACACUCAUUUUUAAUCACAGUUCGUAUAAAAAGCAAAUUUUUAGAACUAUUGAGCCAUCAAACUGUAGAAGUCUUACAAAUUUCAUGGCACAGUACUUAGCUAUGUAAGUAUGUGUGUGUGUUAAGCUUGCGUUGAUUUUUUAUACACAAACAACAAAAAAUUAUCGCUAUGUAUGUAAUGUAAUUUUUUCUUUCGCCGUUUUCAUGUACAAAAUAGUAAUUUAAUGAUUAUUUUGAAGUACUAUACUAAAGUAACGACGACGUUCAUUAGUGUGAAUUUUAUCUUCUUAAUUUAUUUUCCCUAUUUUUUUCUUCUUUUUUUUUUUUUUUUUGUUUGUAUAAUGUAGAUUGUUUUACUCGCUUAACGAUGUUCAUAACGAGUGCAUUAAUUUUUCCUUCCCGAAGAUGUUGGAUAUUGUACCUUUCCCCCUUCGCCCCCCCCCCAAUUCUCAAUCACCUAUAUCUUUUCACUUAUUUACCUAAUUUUUUGUGUACCUGUGUAGAUAGUUUAGACGAUUCAUCCGAGCAAUGUGUAAACGAGUAUUUAUUUCGUCCCCUCUCUCCCUUCUUCAGUUUUAUUGUUGUUCCAGUGGUGUAAGAAUAUAAGAUAUGCUUCCUUUAGAGAGUCGUAUGCUCUUCCCCCAUCUGCCUUUCCCUCUUACCCAGUCACCGGCACCAGUUUUAAUGCUGUAAUUUGGUUUUAACUGUGAUGUAAAAAAACAAAAUAAGUUUAAGAUGAUUAUGAAUGAUGUUAUGAGGAGGUUUUUAAAUGGAUCGAGUUUAAUCGUUUGGGUUCCUGUGUUUAAAAAAAAAAUGGUUUCCAGGUUUCAUUUUGUAUGUAUCAAAUUUUUUUGUGAGGUGGCUGUAUCUAGACUAUUACUAUCUGAUGAUUGGUGCAAAAAAAAAAAGUAUUGGGAUCGUUUCAACUGAGCAAGUUGUACAUUACUCAAAAUCAUCUGCGAAAUGGAAAAGAUUGGAUCUGAUCGGAUCAAGAAAAUUGUCAUAUCUGAGCAGAUCUGAUCAGACUUGUGCUCAUCUGAGUAUAUAAAAUCAGAUCUGUCCGGAAGAAAUUCCCUUGGGUAUGAUUUCUCUUGGUGUAUUGUGUAAUUUUUGGAGGGGGUGGAUACGAAUGAACUUACCAAUUUCUCAAAAUAAGAAUGAUACAGUCGCCUCUUCUUUUUAUUCUUUUUUUUUCUUCGUUAUGUAUGUAUAUGUAUACUUAAGUAGAGUAGUAAUGUACUUAUCUUCUGAGCCACCUCAUAUAUUUUACCUAUCAUUUUAUGACUCUUUACUCUUCUGUGGUAGCAUAAGUAAUCAUAGCUACCUAUUUUUAAUCAAAACUACUAACGUAUCAACAUCAAACUCCACUUUUUAUUACUUGUUCUUAGAGAAGUUCCAAAAUUUCAAUUCAAUUCAGGGUCCAAAUUGAAUCUGGGUUGUUCUAAGUGAGAUGGCAUGCAGAGUUACUCAUACACAACAGUUUCAGUGUGAGGCUUUCUAGUGUCUAUCAGUAUGAAUAUUAUUCUUGAUUUUUGAUGUUUUUUGAUUAACUAGUGUUUUUGCCAAUAUUGAAAAUUCUUCUAAAAAGUAUGAAUAUUGUUUUGCUUAUUUCAUAUGUAUGUAGUUCAAUAAUUUGGUUUAGCAUUGAAAUUUUGGAGCUUAUUGUUGUUCUUGUGGCUCAGGGCAUAAAUUUUACUCUACUUAUAUGUAUAGAUGUAUGUAUUCACCUUGUAGUGCUUAUGUGUGUGUGUGUGAAACCAUAGUAUUUUCUCCCUCCUCAAAUCCCAUCCUUAUGUAUAAAAUUAAAUUAUGUGGAUCAUUUUGAUUUAAAUUAUCAUUGUAAGUUGUAAUAUUGCUCAUUAAAUGAUUUUCAAAUUA